AUGGAUCGAUUCUCUGGAAACUUCGACCGUUUCUCUGACUUGUUUAACCCUUACGACAGUAAUCCAACAAACGCGAAUCAUGCAAUUGGCGAUUUUACAAAAUGUACUCGAAAACCUUUGGUUAUGGGUUCUACCGUCCUCGGUUUAGAAUACCAGGACGGUGUGAUGAUUGCUGCUGAUACCCUAGGUUCCUGGGGUCAACUUGCUCGAUACAGAAACGAGUCGAGAAUAUAUCCUGUUGGCAAUUUUACAGUGCUUGGCGCCGCUGGAGAUAUGUCUGAUUUCCAACAUACAAAACAUAUGUUGGAUUCGCUCAUGAUAAAGGAAUACUACACCAACGAUGAUCAUGUAUUAUCAACUCCACAUAUAUAUGAAUAUUUAAGUCGUGUCUUGUAUCAUAGAAGAUCAAAAUUGGAUCCAUUAUGGAAUACAUAUGUUGUCGGAGGAUAUAACAAUGGCGAAAGGUUCCUGGGUUACGUUGACUUGCUCGGUACAACGUAUCAAUCUUCCAUAGUUGCAACAGGCCUUGGCGCAUAUUUUGCACAACCUAUCCUUCGUAACGCUGUCGAAGGUCGCGAGGGCAUUCUUACGGAAGCAGAAGCAAUCGAAAUUUUAAACACUUGUAUGAAAAUAUUAUUCUAUCGGGAAUGUAAAACAUUGAAUAGAAUACAACGAGCCAAGGUGACAGCAGACGGUGUGGAGAUAAGCGAACCGUAUGCUUUACCCACGGAAUGGUCGUUUGGUGAAGGAAUUCGAGGAUUUGGAACGCAAACGCAAUGA